UGCCCAGCAUCAUCCAUAACAAGCUUCCAACUUGGUCCUCUGUGACUCCCAUUCAUGCGCCCAGGCUUUGCGCUUUAUGUACACUUCCGUUCCACUUUGUGCAAAUGCUUCAGUCAAUUUGGAAUUACGGUUUCUAGUAUUUUCGUACCAAAGACACAGAGAAAAUAUUUCUUAACUGAUUCUAUCUUUGAGACUUCUUCACCACCUUUCCUUUUACGUACGAGAGGAGCAUGAGCUUCUCGGAGAUGUGACUUAAUUUAAAGCAGGACCGGCGUAUUUUUUAAUUGAUGUGUCAGUUUCUGACAUGGCAAAACCUUUAGAUCACAUCAAAAGACCCAUGAAUGCGUUCAUGGUGUGGUCCAGAGGCCAGAGGAGAAAAAUGGCUCAGGAAAACCCAAAGAUGCACAACUCUGAAAUCAGCAAGAGACUCGGCGCGGAGUGGAAGCUGCUCUCUGACUCCGAGAAACGCCCGUACAUCGACGAGGCCAAGAGGCUGCGGGCUCAGCAUAUGAAGGAGCACCCGGACUACAAGUACAGACCCCGGCGCAAACCCAAGAGUCUCCUAAAGAGGGACCGUUUCGUUUUCCCACUGCCGUCUUUACUCGGGGAGGCAGCGGAACACUUGAAGGGAUUUUCCAUGGACUCCUUUCUUGUCCCCGGGGAUAAAGCUAGAGCUCUCCUCGCACCCUCCUCCUCCUCGUCCUUCUCGCUGCUGGAGCCGGUGGCGCAGUUCAGCACCGGAGCUGUCCAGCGGAUGGCGGAGAUACCGCACACUUUGGCCGCCGGCGCUCUGCCAUUCAGCGCGCACACGUUUGGAUACCAGACUGGAGGGAUCGGGGGUCUGGCUUGCCCCGGACAGCACACCCACACCCACCCGUCGCCCUCCAGCCCGGGAUACGUGGUGCCGUGUAACUGUAGCGCCUGGUCUGCUGCCAGUUUACAGCCUCAGGUUGCCUAUAUUCUCUUCCCUGGAGGGAUGACCAAGAACGGCAUGGACGCGUACACUUCACCCAGCUCCAGCGUGUGACGGACUGGAUACACUUGAAGACAUAACGGGAAAAGUUUGCGCACAGGACCUCCCCAUGUAGUAAAGAAAAAUAACUGGGCUACAAAACAUGUUUUCAUUCGACGACUAUCACAGUAAUUCUGAAUAUUACAGGCUAGUAUUUCCAUAGUUAUUAAAUACAUUUAAAAUGCGCAUAAGUAGCUGUUUACCUACUGAGCUCCAAUGACACACUACAGGUAUUACUCGUUAUUCCAUGUAAAUGUAGAGUAAAAAUUUGGGGCACAUUCUGAGGAUGCGCUUUUGUUACUCUUUUGACAAAAACAUAAAUUUUAAGCAGAUCAAAAUAAAAAUACAAGAAGCCCACGCAUAACGUCAUCAACUUCAGUCAGAUAAUCAAAAGCUCUAGUGGAUCUUGUGGAGAAGCCUGCAAGAGCUGUUUUUGACUUGUUUGUUCACCCAGGCCCAAAAAACGCAUUAAGUCUAAAUUUUCACUAUUGAUUCUUACAUUUGGACAGUAACACCUAUUUGUCCGUCAGUAUAUCUA